AUGUCAGUAUUACGUUACCUUCUUCCGACCCUGACCUUGGCGCUGGGAGCCAUCGCCGAGUCUCGCAACAUUCAGUUGGACCUCACUUGGGAGACGGCCUCCCCCGAUGGCUUCGCCAGAAAGAUGAUUCUGGUCAACGGCCAGUUCCCCGGACCAAGAAUCGAGCUCACCGAGGGCGACGACGUCACCGUCAAGGUCACCAACAACAUCCCAUAUCCCGCGACCGUCCACUACCACGGUAUUGAGAUGCUGAACACCCCCUGGUCCGAUGGUGUCCCCGGCCUCACCCAGCGACCCAUCCAGCCCGGCGGCAGCUUUGAGUACAAGUGGAAGGCCACCCAGUACGGUGCCUACUGGUACCAUGCACACUACGAGGGCCUCAUCGAGGAUGGUCUCUAUGGCGCCAUCACCAUCCACCCUGCCGCCUCUCACCAGAAGCCCUUUAGCCUGAUCUCCAGCGACGGCGCCGCCGUCCACGCAAUGGAGCAGGCCGAGAAGAAGGUUGUUCCUCUUAUUUUGUCCGACCACCGCCACAUGAUCUCCGAGGAGGUUCACGAUCUUUCUGCGGCCGCCAACAUCCAGUUCUCAUGCUACGACUCUUUUCUGUUCAACGGAAAGGGUAGCGUCCAGUGCCGUACCCCCGAGCAGAUUGACGCGCUCUUGACCCAGGAGCGAAAGGAUGUCUUGGCCAACGUUGCCGGUGCCAGGAUGACCGACAAGGCCUGCAUUCCCGCUGCCAUCGUCGCUCGCGGUCAGGGAGACCUGAGCAAGAUUCCUCCCGGUGUCUUUGAUGGUUGCCAACCUAGCGAUGGCGGCCAGGAGACCUUCAAGGUUGAGAAGAGCAACUGCGACACUGAGAAGUGGGUUGCCUUUGACAUCGUCGGUGCCUACCACCUGCACACCGCCAUGUUCUCCAUCGACAACCACUCCAUGUGGGUUUACGCCAUGGACGGCGCCUACGUCCUUCCCCAGGAGGUCGAGGCCCUGCCCGUCACCAACGGUGACCGCUACUCCGUUCUCGUCAAGUACAAGCAGCAGGGUGACUUCACCAUCCGGUCCGCCUCCCUCAUUGCCACGCAGAUGAUCAGCGGUACCGCCCUCCUCCAGUGGCGCGAGAAGGGCCAGGCUGAGCCCCAGAUUGUUGCUUCUACUCCCUGGGUUCGUGACAACGGCCAGCCCGUCUCCCGCGACGUCCGCGUCUUCCGCCAGGCCCUCGCCAAGCCCUACCCUCCCAUCACCAUCCCCCGCAACGGUGACGCCCUGCACAAGUUCGUGAUGCACGCCUCGGGCGGUUCUUACUACUGGGCGCUGAACGACACCGUUCUCCUGCCUGCGGACUACGAGAACGACACCCCCGUCCUCUUCGGCGUCCAGGCCGCAGAGUCCGACCCCACCAUCCUCUCGACCAAGAACGCCAGCUGGGUUGACAUGGUCUUCCAGGUUGGCAACUCGCCGCAGCCUCCUCACCCCAUCCACAAGCACGGCAACAAGAUGUUCCUGCUCGGCAGCGGCACCGGCGAGUUCACCUGGAACUCGGUCGAGGAGGCCGUCGCCGCCAAUAGCACCGGCUGGAACCUGGUCGACCCCCCUCGCCGCGACGGCUUUGCGACCCCCAACGCUAUCAACAACCCCACGUGGAUGGCCGUGCGGUACCUUGUCGACAACCCGGGCCCUUGGUUGCUCCACUGCCACAUCCAGAGCCAUAUCAUGGGUGGCAUGUCCGUCAUCAUCCAGGACGGCAUCGACGCUUGGCCCGUCACGCCGCAGGAGUACGUCAACUACGCUUAA